UUCAUUAUUUCGACAGAUGUUUGAUAAAGACGGAAACGGAACUAUGAGUAUAAAAGAGCUUGGAGUGGCCAUGAGAACUUUAGGAUUAAAUCCAACAGAAGAUGAAUUGCUCAAUAUGGUUAAUGAAUAUGAUGUUGAUGGAAAUGGAAUUGAUUUUAGUGAAUUUUGUAAAAUGAUGAAGGAAAUGAAUAAAGAAACUGAUCAAGAACUUAUACGACUUGCAUUUCGUGUUUUUGAUAAAGACGGGAAUGGGUAUAUUACUGCACAGGAAUUUAGGCAUUUUAUGACUACAAUGGGAGAGAAAUUCAGCGAGGAGGAAGUGGACGAAAUAAUAAAAGAAUUUGAUAAAGAUGGGGAUGAACAAAUUGAUUAUGAAGAAUUUGUAAAUGCAGUUGCUCCUAUAGUUAAUGAUGGUGCAAAAGAAGACGCUCCCUUUUUUGAAAAGGAACAGCCAACAACGGGUUUUGGACAACCAAUAACAACUUCUGGACCUCCAAUAGCUUCCGGAAAAGUCAACAAACAUUUUUAA